AUUUUAAUCGACGUUUGCAUCCUUGUAAUCAAUCUCGAUUAUAUGCUUUCCAUCAUGAACGCUAUCAAACGCAAAAUCGACACCGUUGACCGUCGGGUAGCGGCGUCUACGUUUGGGCGGAUUUUCCACCUCGAAGGGUCAGGUCAUGACUUCGAGAUCAAGAACACCAAGUUCACCACCGAGCUACGUGCCGGGCUAACAACGUUCUUCACGAUGGCAUACAUCAUCUCCGUGAAUGCGACCGUAUUGUCCGACACGGGCGGUAACUGUGUUUGCAAUGACCCAAACGACCCGCUUUGCACAACCGACAGAGCCUAUGCUCUCUGUGUGGAAGAUCUACAUCGGUCUUUGAUUACAGCCACUGCUGCUAUAGCGGGAUUUAGCUGUGUUUUGUUUGGCUUCCUGACAAACAUGCCCGUCGCACUUGGACCUGGUAUGGGGAUCAAUGCUUACUUUGCAUACCAAAUUGUGGGCUUUCACGGCAGCGGCUUUGUGCCGUAUAGCCUGGCUCUGACUGCCGUAUUCGUGGAAGGAUGGCUCUUCAUGUUCUUGUCCCUCAUUGGGAUGCGCCAGUGGCUAGUCAAGGUUAUUCCCGUAUCGCUGAAGAUUGCGAGCGCAUGUGGAAUUGGGCUUUUUCUCGCCGAGAUCGGUUUGGGUCACUCCGCAGGUAUUGGUGCUAUCCAGGGAGCCAAAAACACACCCCUCGAGAUUGCGGGAUGUCCGGACGUCUACAAGGACGAGAAUGGUUUCUGUACGAGCCACCAGAUGACUUCUCCAACGAUGUGGAUUGGCAUCAUGUGCGGAGGUGUAGUUACAGCCUAUCUCAUGACCUACAAGGUUAAGAGCGCAAUGAUUGCUGGCAUUGCGUUAGUAUCAAUCAUUUCUUGGCCACGAGGAACAUCCUUCACCUACUUUCCCCACACCAAGCAGGGCGACGAUCGCUGGAACUUCUUCAAACAAGUUGUCGACUUCCAUCCCAUCACGACCCUCAACGUCUUGCGUUGGGAUAUAUCGACUGCGCCAUCGCACUUUGCACUCGCGCUCUUCACCUUUCUUUACGUCGACAUCAUUGAUUGCACGGCCACACUAUACAGUAUGGCGCGUUUCUCCGGCGUUGUUGACCCAGACACUGGAGAUUUCCCCAGAUCUACGCUCGCUUAUUGCACAGAUGCAUUGUGCAUCUCCAUUGGUUCUCUGCUCGGCGUUUCUCCCGUCACCGCUUUCAUCGAAUCGGGAGCUGGUAUCGCCGAAGGUGGGAAGACAGGGUUGACAGCCAUGACCUGCGGCCUAUGCUUCUUUAUCUCCAUGUUUUUUGCUCCAAUCUUCGCUUCGAUCCCCCCCUGGGCGACUGGAUGCACUUUGAUCUUGGUCGGCUGUUUGAUGAUGCGCCAAAUUGUCAUGAUCAACUGGAGAUACAUUGGCGAUGCUGUUCCAGCCUUCGUCACUGUCAUGUUCAUUCCGUUUGGCUAUUCUGCUGCAUACGGAUUGAUCGCCGGGCUUUUGGUGUACACAGUCCUAAACGGGCUGGUUUACAUCACGAAGAUUAUUAGCCGUGGACACAUUGUACCGGACGACGAGGACCAUCGCGAAUACUGGACGAUCAAACCUCACGGCAGACUUCCCUGGUUCAUUACAGCCAGUCAGGCCAUAGUUUCCCAUUUUGGGCACGGAAGCACCCAUGACCUCAAGCAAGAUAGCACGUCGCUCAAAAGCGGGACCUCCCAGGAACGGUUCCGCAGCCUAUCACGGGACAUGAAUCGCGAGCUCGAUACCGUGGUCGUGUUGCCCAGGGAUCCCCGCGACGAGAAGAUAUUCCGGAAGACGUGAACGCGGAAGCUGGCGAUUGCGGAGGUAGUGUUAAGGUUUCAUAUUCCUGGUCUUCGGGGGCUGCAAGUGCUACGCCGUUGCAUAGGCAAAUACCAUCCAUCCCUGGAAGGCCUUGCGGCGGUUAAAAUGAUGCAUGGUCAUGUUUUCCAGCGACCUGUAUUCGUUCUAUCACGACAUUCGAUACCCGCAU